GACUUUGAACUUGACUGAAUAUCCAACAAAUAUUUGUUAGCGUGAUAUGAGCGUUUCAAGUUCUUUCCGCAGAAAAAUCGAAACAUAUAGGCCUACAUGUAUAAACCACGAAUUACCAGAGGUGGGUAACCCGGCUUCAAAGAGUCGAAGUACUAACCAUGUAUUUCCUCCACCAACAUGCACUAAACCAGCUGAUUCUAAUUAGCACAAAUCUUAAGCCAGGUAGGAGAACUAAUUAGUGUAAUCAGCUGGUUUAGUGCAUACUGGUGGAGCAAAUACAUGGUUAGUACUGUCUUCCACUCUUUGAAGCCGGGUUAGCCUACCCACCUCUGUGAAUUACCAGGGACACGGAUAGCCUGACUGUACUUUAGUCCGCGCUGGGAAUUCCCUUCACACUCCUGUUAAUCGAACACCGAUAACACGGCUCGCGGAAUCAUGUUACUGCAUGCUUACAGUUGAGGUCCCGGGUAGGACUUAGUUGGGCAAAAGAUACGUGGUGAUGAUGCGAAAAGACGAGACAGAAUUACAGAAGCUCGACUCAAUAUAGGUGAUUUGUCAAUUUAUAUAUGUACAUAGUUUCCCAAAACCGGUUCUUGACAGAGUGUUUGUGAUGUCAUGCAAACUGAAACGGAAGAUAAUGCAGCCGGAACUCCCCUUCUCCUCUCGACGCUCACCCGUUGUUUGUUUAAAUGGCUGCAUUGCUUCGAGUCAGCCUUUGGCGUCAGUUAUUGGACUUGACAUUCUGAAGAGAGGCGGCAACGCAGCCGACGCUGCGGUGGCUGUCGCCGCCGCUCUCGGUGUGACGGAACCAUGCAGCACUGGGAUUGGCGGAGACUGCUUCUGCCUCUUCUACGACGCCCGCACCGGGCAGGUGCGCGGGUUGAACGGGAGUGGUCGGUCCCCCAGGGCGUUGACCCUGGACCUGUUGAGCGGUUUGGGUUUCAGCGAGGCACAGCCCCCCUCCGUCUUCCAUGCCCUCAAUGUCACCGUUCCAGGCGCAGCAGCCGGCUGGUGUGACACCAUCCAGCUGUUCGGGAGUAAAAAGCUGACGCUGGGAGAGGUUCUGGAGCCUGCCGCGGAGCUCGCCGAGAGGGGCUUCCCCGUGGCGGAGGUCACUGCCCACCACUGGGCCAAGUGGUCGAAGGCCCUGGAGGAUGCUGGGAAGGCGCUGGGUGGAAACUUCCUCAUCAACAACCGACCACCCAAACAUGGCCAGUUGUUCGCUAACCCCGCGCUGGCUCGCACCUACCGGGAGCUGGCCCAGCGCGGGAAGUCCGGGUUUUAUGAAGGGAGGGUAGCGGAGGCCAUAGUAGAUGUUGUCAGGCGGAACGGUGGGGUCAUGACCCUGGACGACCUGAGGAGCCACAGCAGUGCUGAAGUCCAGCCCAUUUUCACCGAUUACAAGGGGGUGAGACUUUGGGAAUGCCCCCCCAACGGCCAGGGAAUAGCGGCCAUCAUGGCGCUGAACAUCCUGGAAAACUUUCCCAUGAAAGAGAUGGGCCACAACAGCAGCGGCUACCUCCACGUCCUGACGGAAGCCCUGAAGCUCAGCCUGGCCGACGUGGCGCACUACUGCGCCGACCCCGAAAAGGUCAGAGUGCCCCUGGAGGGGCUUCUGUCCCGGGACUAUGGCAACCAGCGCGCGCGGCUCAUAAACAUGCAGGCGGCGGGCGCCAACGAGCACGGGGCUCCUCCAGGAAGCGACACGGUCUACUUCGCCGUCGUGGACGCGGAGGGGAACGCCUGCUCCUUCGUCAACAGCACCUACUUGGGCUUCGGGACGGGCCUGGUUCCGGAGGACUGCGGGUUUUCCCUUCACAACAGAGGAGCCAACUUCUCCCUGGAUCGUAGUCAUGGAAACUGCGUGGGGCCGGCGAAGAGGCCCUACCACACCAUCAUGCCGGCGGCGGUGACGGAUGCCGUCUCCGGGCGGCUGCUCUGUUGCUAUGGGGUGAUGGGAGCCUUCAUGCAGCCCCAGGGGCACGUGCAGGUCUUGCUCAACAUGCUGGAGUUUGGGAUGAACCCUCAGAGAGCCCUAGACGCCCCACGCAUAUAUGUGCAGUAUGAUAAGGCUGCUGGAAACUGGCAGCUGAGCGUGGAGGCCGGUGUGGAGCAGGGCGUGGCCGAGGAACUCCAGAAACGCGGGCACACGGUGCUCUGGCCGGUGUCGGGACACGACAGAUCACAGUUCGGUCGGGGGCAGGUCAUCGCUGUGGGGUGCUGGUGGGACCCCGCUGCCCCUGAGCCCGAAAUGUCAGCCAGGGUGCUGUGGGCGGGGUCUGAUCCCAGGGCAGACGGCUGCGCACUGGGGUACUGACCAACCACGCCGCCUGCUGGAGCUGUUGGGUAUUGACCAACCACGCCCCCAAUGGAGCUGUGGGGCACUGACCAGCCACGCCCCCUACUGGAGCUGUGGGGUACUGACCAACCACACCCCCUACUGGAGUGGUGGGGUACUGGUGGGGUAAUGCAAAUACAGCCAUGCAUCAAGGCAAUUGCAGCACGUACGAUAAAAAUGCAUCAAGGACAGCACAAAAAAAAUCGAGAAUCCCUACCAUCACAUUACCGUGGUAGUGAAACCACUUGGAUUUACAUUUAGCCAUUUAACAAAUCAUCUGACAUCUGAUUACAUUCUUUACAAUCUGACAGAGAUUACAUCCUUUACGAUCUGACACAGACUACAUUCUUUACAAUCUGACAGAGAUUACAUUCUUUACGAUCUGACACAGAUUACAUUCUUUACGAUCUUACACAGAAUACAUCCUUUACGAUCUUACACAGAAUACAUCCUUUACAAUCUUACAUAGAAUACAUCCUUUACAUAUGGUCCAUUAAUGCAUUAAUGCAGCUGAAUGUUUACUGAAGCGAUUCAGGCUCGUUGCCUCUCUCAGGGGUUUACAACGGCACUGCCGCAACCAGGAAGGGAACCUGCAAGCCCAGUUCCUUAAACUGCACUGCCCCUGUAGUGACCUUUCAACCUGGCAGAGCUGUAGAAGUGAGCACAGAAGAUAACUCAGGCUUCAUGUUUUAUGACAUGAUUUUGGGACUCGAUCAGUGUUUUUUGCUCAAAAACGGGUGAGCUUUGAGUUUACGUGCGAGUGUCCGAAUUGACUUUGAUUGCGCCGAUUAAGAAAAAGCUUGAUCAAGUGGUUUAAAAAAUAUUUUAUUCAACAAAAAAUUGUUUUUAAUUUUGGUUUGUGUUUUUACAAUGUGCCGAUGUUUUUCCACACGUCCUCUUUUCUAUAACAAACUGCCAAUUUUGGGCAGUUAAUUACUGCUCAUAGUCAUUCAACUGCAAACGUUUUUAAAUGUAUUUAAUAAAUUAUGGCUUUUGUUUUCCCUUGAAAGGCAAAAACGUGUGAACGUUUAUUUAUGCAUUCAACACAAGUACAUUAACAGAACUUCUGAAAGUGGUCAAAUGUGAAGCCUUGUGAUUGCUUUGUAUGUGGUGCAUGACUGCAUUCUGACUAACCGUGGAGUGCGAUGAAUCAGAGCUGUGGAAUUUGUUUUAUUUAGCUGGAAGGAGGGGCUCUUCCACUUCCUGUUUUAUUUGUGGUCAAGGACGCCGUGAAUGAGGGGGUGGAGGGUGGAAGGGGGGGCGGGGGGGGUUGGGUGAUUCCAAGAGUCCUGACUGACAGGGGCCCUCGAAAAAAAAUAUUUAGGAGUAUAGGAUGUUCUGGGGUGGUGGGGCCCAACGUGUCAGACUUUUCCGCUUGUGGUCUCAGUCAAGGUCUAGAGGAAAGGACAGCCAAGAUGUGGUCCAGGCUGCAGGAAAUGAGUGACCGACAUCCCUUUCGGGUGUCCAGCCACCUGUUGCCAAGGCCACAGAGAGAGAGAGAGAGCGAGAGAGCGAAGAUGAGCACAGUUAGUUAUCGUGAUCACUUUGGUUUCACAGCAGGGGACUCGAGAAACCCUUACGCAGUAACUUCAGAGAGGCCCUGAACUUUCACAUUUUUAAAAAAUUUAUCUCUGUCUAUAUUUAGAACGAAAGGGGUAACGCCUUGCCGUCACAGUUUCUGAUUUUAAAACCGCAAAAGAGGAACAGAUUAUCCUGAAUGCCCUGCGUGUGACAGCUCUGGAUUCUGCAGCUGCUUCUAGAGAAUAAAAAACGACGCCUUCUUGAAGCAGCUUCUCUCUCAGCAGAUUACGGGCUCUUGGUAUUAAUUGUGCUGUAGAAUGUUCUAGGCCUAAGAUAUACGUUUCCCCCGUACGCCUCCGGCUACCUGGGUCAGCUAAUGAGGUAAAAAAAAAAAAAAAAAAGCUCAAAGCUUCCCUGAGAGGAAAAUGUUUACUAAACAACUUGUUUGGAGGGAGUCACAUCACCCAUUCCUGGGGCCCAGAAUUACUUCUUUAUUAACGUCGAUCACUGCCUCCUUUCUUUCACAUUGCUUAUGGGGUUAAUCCUGGAUCAUGGAUGGCAGUUGGGAAAGCCUGUUCUUGUACUUUGCAGUCUUUUUUGACAUUCUUGGGAGAUUUUUUGCACUGUAUGAGUGGAGCACAUGACAAGCAGAGCAUUAGCGAUCUGUGGCUGAGGCCCAUAUGCUGGGUGACGCUUGCGCUGUUUUGCUUGAAGUGGACACGACAAACCGACAAUCAAACUAAACCAGGAGAGUUGAGUCAAGUCAUGUCUUCUUUUGGUUGCUUGUUGUUUCGCCUCAGGUCUGUUCUUAAUUAUUUGAUGCCACCUUCUGUUAGUAUGUAGAACUGCCAUCCAUCCUGUACGUUUCAGGUAUUUUUUUUUUUACCUGCCAAGACAGGCUGUUGUUUUUUGCUUUGGAAAUAAUGUGGAGACCUGAUGCAACUAGAGAGACUAUUUCACCAAGAGAGAGAUUUUGAUAGGCUUCCUCUAGACUGUAUGGUGCUGUAUCCGCAUUAUGUGUUAUGCUUACGUGCUGUAAAUACGCACGCUCAUUUUUCUGUUUGGUAUCUUGAGUAACAGGGCACAGGAACUGAGUUUUAGUGCUCAAACUCUGAAUGUGAGUGAAAUGUACGUUUGGAUCACUAUACUUCACAAUGGUGUUAUUGGGAUUUAUGAUGAUGCACACGCACACAUACAUAUAUGUGCACAGUACACAGACACCAACACAAGCAUACACACACACGCACACGUACAUUUCACACACAGAAACUCACACAUACAUGCACAGUCCAACUAACAUAAACAC